AUGGAUGGACAGAAGUUUCCACAUGUCGAUGAGCUCCAGAGCUCCACUGCUUCCCAUGAAAUGGGGAUCGUGGAGAAUGCCCCGACGGGUAUGAGGAGGGACCUUUCCAGGAGGCAUAUUAAUAUGAUUGGCCUUGCGGGAAUGAUUGGAACAGGUCUAUUCCUGGCUGCCGGCAAUGCAUUGGCAAUUGCCGGACCUGUAGGAGCUUUGAUCGGAUACAUAUUCAUGAGCUUUUUAACAGCUUCGGUAGCCCUGAGCAUUGGAGAACUCACCUCCUUCAUGCCUGUGACUGGAGGUUUUGUGAGACAUGCUGGCAAAUUUGUCCAACCGGCCAUAGGCGCCGCUGUUGGCUGGAACUAUUGGUACAUGAUGGCAGUGACUGGACCUGCCGAGCUCAGUGCUGCUGCCACGUUAAUCGAUUUCUGGAAACCCAAUGUCAGUCCCGCGGUCUGGUAUACGAUAUUCAUCCUCCCGAUCAUUAUUAUAAACUUUUGCGGAGUGCGAAUAUACGGUGAAUCCGAGGUCUUUUUCUCAAUGAUCAAAAUCAUCCUCGUCGUCGGUCUUAUCCUUGCGGGCAUCAUUGUCGACUGCGGUGGCUCUCCGAGCGGCGACUACAUCGGCUUUCGAUACUGGAAAGAUCCUGGUCCGUUCCAUGCAUAUCUUGUUCCGGGCAACACUGGCAAGUUCUUAGGGUUCUGGAGUACUCUAAUCUCCGCCGCUUAUGCGUUCUGCAAUAUCCAAGUCACGGCAUUGGUAGGAGCAGAAACGAAAAACCCGAGAAAGCUCAUUCCCGAUGCCAUGAAGAUGACUUUCUGGAGAAUUAUCCUAUUUUAUGUUAUUAGUAUAUUCAUCGUCGGUCUGCUGGUCCCUUAUAAUGAUCCCAAUCUAGGUAAUUCGAGUGGAACAGCGCAAGCAAGCCCGUUCGUUAUCGCCUUCGAAAAAGCCGGAAUCUCUGUUCUUCCAUCCGUCAUAAAUGCUGCCCUUCUGACCUCGGCCUUCAGCUGCGGUAUGGCCGUCGUAUUCUUAGCGUCUCGUGUGCUCUACGGUCUGGCCGAGGAAAAGCAGGCCCCGUCUAUCUUUCUGAAAAUGAACCGAUUUGGAGCACCUUAUGUGGCUGUGGGAGUUUCCAAUGCGUUUUUGUUCUUGGUGUACUUGAGUCUGGGCAGCAAUUCGUCCGUCGCUUUUGGGUGGUUUGUUAACAUUGCUACCAUUGCGGCGCUCAUUUCUUGGAUUAUUAUUGAAGUCACUUUUCUCCGGUUUUAUUAUGGGUUGAAAGUACAGGGAAUCAGUCGAGACCGCCUUCCAUACAAGAGCCCCUUUCAGCCGUACAUGGCGUGGAUGACCAUUAUCUCGCUAGUAGUCAUCACCCUAACUUCAGGCUACAGUGUCUUCUUGAAAGGACACUGGAAUACACAAUCCUUUCUUGUAUCAUACAUUGGUAUCCCAAUUUUCCUGGCGCUUUGGGGAGUAUCCUGGUAUUUCUUUCGAUCUCCAAUCAUCCCUCUCCGACAACUCGAUUUCUCUGAACUCACUACGAUCGAAAUGGAGAAGGAACUUGCGCCUGAAGAGAAGAAGCUUCCGUGGUAUAGGGUCUUGGUGUGA